UCGUGUAGAGCCCUUUGAAGCUGCAAUGAAACUGCAAUUUGGACCUUCAACCCGUUGGCAGCCAUUGAAGUCCACUAUAUGGAGAAAAAUCCUGAAAUGUUUUCCUCAAAAACCUUAAUUUCUUUUUGACCGAAGAAAGAAGGACGUAAUCUUGGAUGACAUGGGGGAGAGUAAAUUAUCAGGAAAAUUUAAUUCUGGUGUGAACUAAUCCUUCAAGUAGAAAAUCCUAUACGUAACGCACUAGGUGUGUUUGAGUGUAAGGGACCCGGGGCAGAUGUGAUGCUGUAUCCAGAGACGGCCUUAGCAAUUCAGAGGCCCGUGUUAAAAAAACAAAACAAAACAAAAACAAAAAAGUUGGAGGCCACCACCCCACCCUCAUGAGGGAAAAAAAAAAUACAAAAACCAUUGUAUGCACUGUGACUGCAAUUACUUUACCUGUUAUAUUUAAAAAUGUUAUAUCAUAUUUCACUCUUAAUAGUCUAUUUAUAAACUCUUUGUUACAAUCAUGACCGAAAACAAAAACGGCAUUCAAUUUUCGUCACUCUCUUAGUCCCUAAGCUAAAAUGACCCUAAUGUCAGGUGGCGGCAAAUCAUGGUCUUAAUGAAUGACUCAUUGAAUCAUUUAGUCAAACGAUUCGUUCAAAACAGCUGAUUCAUUCAGGGACAAAGCAAGUGAAUGGCUGAAUCCGAAAAUCGCAUACUUCUCUACUAUAUAGUAGGUGAAAAACAGUAUGUGACGAGUAGUAUGGCCGAUUUCACAGUACUCAUAAAUGACCUAAUUCUUCCAGCGAGAUUCUGAAGUGUGCCUACGAUGGACAUUUUACUAUCCCAUGAGGCCACAGGAGAGGAUUUGUGAAUUGCGGAGGCUGCAUCCGAAAACUUAGGCAGCAAACUUGUUGCCUCGCUGUCUUAUAGGCAAUGACUCUGCAGGCAGCGUUGCACGUGAAGGUACCUCACAAAACUGAUUUCAGACAGACUUCUGAGGCUGCAUAACGGUUUAAUGAUCUACACCAAAAUAGAUCAAGCUUUAGUGGAAACUAAGCGGAUAUUUAAUUACUACAUUAGUAAUUUCUCACUAGAAAUGACAUCAGAAGUAGAAAACAUUGGUCAAAAAUGUACAUUUGCACACAAACUGAACAAAAACCGCAACUUUCAGACGCCACCUUUCUUUUUGGAAGUGGAAUGCAUAGGAUUGUGGGAUAAUAAAGGCAGCGAAGAAUGAAUCAAUCAGAUGAAGGUAUCUCAGUAGACAGGAAGUGAAGCUAACAUUUGAUUUGGACGUGCCUUGAUGCCUUGAAUGCGUCCUCCGAUGGCAGCAUUUUUAAAUUUUCUGAUGCAGCCAGUGAAGUGACACAACUGACACUGGUAGGUCACAUGAUAAUGACAGCAUGGCGAAUGCAGUACAUUCAUACUAUAUAGAACAUACUUUUUUAGCGGUCACAAAGUAAGUACUUAUUCAAAAUAAGUACCUACUCGAGAGUAUGAGAUUUCGGAUGCAGCCACUGUCUCCACGAGUGAGUCGUUGAGUCAUUCAUAGACUGAUUCUUUCAAAAACGCGGAUACAUUGCGUAACGAAACUGAAACUGUUGUCAAUGGCUUCACUGUUUGGAACUAUUUUUAUUGGCAAAAUAGAGCAAAAACAGUCAAUACUGACACUAUUGUCUAAGUCACCUAUAACUACUUGUGUAUUGAACUGUUGUAUAAAACCAAUAUUACAUUAGCAAACGUGCUGCUGAUAUUCAGGAAAACAGCACUCUGGCUUGUAUGGUAUUGCUUAUAAAGAUUAAAAACAAGAACAUAAACAGAUUUUUUGCACCAUAUCUUGGAUUUUUAUAAAUUUUUGUGGCAUCUUUGCCCCAAGCCCCUAUUAAUUUCAGACCCAGGUGUGUGCGUGGCUUGAUUGAGGGGGGCGGGGCUCUUUUUCGAGUGCAAGCGGAGGCCUUUUCUGUUACUAGGCCCGUUUCCGGGUGAAAUGUAGCAAGGACCGCUACUGCAUAUGUCUACACUGUAACUCCAGACGAGAAGGUGACCAUAUAUUAUGUCUAAAACGGUUUCCCUCAGACAAGACGUAAAACUAGAUUCCACUGUUUAUGGGAGUCAGUCGGCAGAGAAUGACUGUUUAUGCAGCACUCUGACCCCAUGUAAAUGUUUUUUUUUCUACAGGUUUGUCUUGCAGUUUAUUUGACAUGGCUUCAAUGCAUUGCCACUUAAUCCCACAGAAUGACGUCAUGCGUCCCACUGACAAGUUGUCAGAGGUGAAAUGACAGGAAAAAGUGAGCUGUUGAAGGAAUGGAUAGCCACACUUGAAAUACUAAGCAGAAAUGACAUUUUUGGAUACUAAAUUUGUUUUAUUGUCCUUAGACGACUGAGCAUGAGCUCAUUUACCUUAUGGAACUCUUUACCCAAAAUGCCCCUAAAUCGAUUCAAGUUUUUGGACUACAAAACUCGAUAUUGGCUUUUUUCACAACCACAAUUAUUUAAACUGAACAAACAAGUCAAUAAAUAAAAACCUACAGAGUUUGAAAUCUUAGUGAAGUGUUUCGUUUUAGUGUACUAGUGAAAUAUUGGCAAAUAGAUCAAGUUUUUAGUUGCAUUGGCCUGCAACUUCUUUGCUCAUUGAGAUGGUGUGAGCAUAUGCGAAAUUGCUCCAUGCACACAUACUUCUAUGUUUCUUGUACAUUCUUGGUCUCAUCAGCUCCCCUCAUCCCUCUUGCUUGCCCACUGGCAGAUUUAUCAAGGGCUUUUGUCCAGGAGAGGUUCACGUUAGGGUCAGUGUACUCAGAGUGCACAUAACACUCAUUGAGACAGAAACCGAUCAUUUCGUUUAUGGUGUCCAAUCCCAUCUGCGUCAAUGCAAACUAAUCACCGUUCAGUCUGGUCUCUGAUGAAGUAAUGACUACAUUCGCCUGAUGUGGUUAACAUUAACAAAUUUGAUGAAUAGAUGCUUUUACAUUGGACUUUUCCUGUAAAUGCCAGUCUUGAUUUAUGGAGCCUGGUAAAAUCCUCUUGGCUUUCAGCUGUAUUUCUGCUGGUGUCUUUUCUUAAUGGGCAAAUCAGUGACAAAUGUGUCUUAUGUUGGACUGACGUGAGUUCCCACAGGGACCGACUGCUUUCUAACCAGAAAAUUCCCAGAUGUCAUUCACGUCUAGAAGUGUGUUAUUAUGAAAACCAAUCUUACUGUGCUAAAAUCUAGAACCUGAUUUCACCAAGUGCAACAUGUUCCUGGAUCAAUUUUCCAAUCAACCAAUUAGAUUUGAGGGACAAGUUUACAGUUUAUGUCAAGUUUAGGCUUACAACCAGGGUUAGGUGCUUCUACAUCAGUGUUAUUCACCUAUCUGUUAUCCACCCUCUGAUUUUAGGGAUAACUUAUGGGUAGGUUUAGGUUUAGGAGUAGGGAUAUGGUUAGGACUACAUUUUUAGACAGGAAUGUUGUUCCAGAAUCAACAAAAUAUGUUGACCCAGAAACGCUUCUAACUCCGCAAAAUCAGGACGUGCUGCUAAAACCUCUUGUGCAAGUGUGUGAGCUGCUGUAGUUACGCUAUUUCAGUGCAGUAUUACUAAAGCAAACAACACUUUUGCAACACCUAGGUAUUGAACGUCACGGUGUAACAUGUCUCAGACUGUUUGGGCUACUGAUAUGAUAAGUCAUGUUGCUCACAGAGGAAAUCUGGACUGUUUUUAAAGCAAUUGGAUGUUCACCUUGUGAAAAAAUCCCAUAGACUGACACCGAUGGGACAUAGCAACAUGCUAAAACAAACCCACUCAGAACACUUUAGCAGCUGCAUAGCAACGCUCUGGCAUUGUGUUGGCAAGUUUAGGCAUUUCUGUGUAUAAUAGGAUUAGAUUUUGUAUAUUCAGCCUUCUUGUUUUGAUCCAAGCCAAAGAGAUACAUUAAUAUAUAGUCAACUGUAAGUAAUUUGUAGGCUGAUUCCCCUGAUAAGUGUAAACACUCUGUGGUGCUAUUGUUCUGUUUGUUUGAGCAUCUCUACACAGCAAUAAUUGCUCGACGAAUGGUGUUUUGGGCAGAACUUUCUGUUUGUCUGACCAAUGUCAAAUGGAGGGACUGUUCAGGAAACCUGUUAGAAAACAGAUAUCAUGAUUUGCAACUUGCUAUUUACUUGCUAUUAGACAUUCUCAUUUUAGAGAACAUUGUACAAAGCUUUGGUUACACCCCUGAGUGCAAGAUGAGUCAUCAAUUUUCAAUGAAAAGAAAGACUACUGUAUACAUUUUUAAAGCAUAUAAGUCAGCUAAAACUUUCCCCAACUUUUAGGAGAUGGUCGAAAAGGCAACUCUCAUUUUUAUUUAAUGAGAUAAAUAAAACAAUAAAAUAAUAAUAAAAAAAAAAACAUUAAAUGUGAAUAAUUUAUUUCUACAGUGUGUAAAGCUCUGAAGCUUUAAAGUCCCCCUGUGGUGAAAAUGAAGUUUUUAAUGUUGUUUAUUUGUCUCUGUGGUGUUUUUAAUAUGCUUUAAGACAAACCAUGUGCAAAUUCAUAUGUCAACACCAUUGCUGAGUAUUUUUCUCUUUAAAACUGCAGUAAACCAAAGACAGUCUCAAAAGCGCGGUUUGAAAUCGCUGGUGUUUCUGACAUCAAAAACUACCUUGUAACCAAUCAUGUCAACGUUCCGGCGGGCUUUAGCAUAUCAUUAACUGACCGCGCAAGAGAGUCUCAAAAGAAGGUUAUCCCGGUAUAUUUUUCCUUUGAUAUGAAAAAUCGUGUAGAUUUACAAAUAUGGCGGGUGUAUGAUGUAUAUUACGAUGUUAUGAUGAACUAUAUGCCUUUCUCCACUGACGUUAAAGGUGUUCAAAGCGUUUCUAAGGAUACUGGUUGUUAGAAGGCAGCUGUCUGAGUCGUGAAUGUGAACGUGGUUUGUGUAACAUUAGCAACACAUUAUUAGCUGUUUGAUAACAGUCAAGCAAAACGCUAAUCAUAUUGAUUACCGUUAUGUGUCCGACGUUGUAAAAAAAAAAAAAAUGAUAUCAUUGUGCAGCGUUUACCUCAGUAAAAGUUGUCUGAGUGGAUCUCGUCUAAGCUCGUGCGUGGAGGCGGGGCUAAUUAUCAUAUUUAUAGAUCCGUGUAUAUUAAAUGAGGCAAGGAUGUAGAGUUACAUUCAAGCUAUUUUAAGGCAUUAAGAUUUUUUUUUUUUUUUUUUUCCCCCACAGGAAAACGUUUAAAUAUGUAAUUUUGGUGAUCAAAAAGGAGUUUUAAGGGAUAAAAUUAUUGACUACAGAGUGACUAAUAUCUGCACAGUUUGAAUCACUAAAUGGAAUCGUAAAAAUUAUGGCUUUGUCUGAAAUUGGAAGAAGGCAUUGUAGGUAUAUUCUUUUAAAUAAGUACUUCCUGAUCGUUAAAAGUAUGUUCUAUAUAGUAUAUGCAGUAAUGCAUCUGGAUGUACUAACAUUCGUCAUACAGUGUCAUUUGCGUUGCUUCACUGCCAUUCACAACUAGUAAUAUAGUAAUAUGUCCAGUGUACAUGUCCAGUGGUUAGUAAUAUGGAUAGUAAUAUGUCCAGUGGUUGCGCCUGCGAGCUCCAGAAUCUCACUGGAAGUAGUAUGUCAACUAAGUACCUACUAUCGAGUGCCUACUAUUUUACUAAUACUCUGAAUUCUGACAUGCUGUUUUUUUUUUUACUACUAUUUGCCUUGCUAGUAGAGAAGUAUGCCAAUUCAGAAGCACCCGAUGACUGUUUUCAAACAAGUUUCCCAAACACUCCCCUUCCUCUACCAUUGGAAAAACAAACAGAAAGCCCCACCCCAAAAUCACAACAUUGGCUGAGCUGUUGUCAGGCUGUUUGCACAAACAAACCGAGCAAUGUUUGGAUAGAGCCACAGAGAAGCGUUUACACUUUCCAGGAGAAGCAACCUACAAAUGACGCAGUUGUAUUACAAAGUUAAGUAUUUUCACAUGAAAUUCUUUAAGCAAAACAUCACUGAAAUUCCCACAUACAAACAGGAAUCCACAACUCCAGACAGCUAUAAACUAUUAGAUAAGUGCUUACUUAUGGAGUCAGUUAUUCAUAUAUGAACACAUCAACUUGGCCGUUACACAGGGGACCGUCUGUGAUCUCACAGGAGAAGAAAAAGAGAUAAACAGAGAGCACAGGAAAAAGAGCAAGACUGUUACAAGAGAGAGAAAGUGUGUGUGUGUAUACCCAUACAUGGAGAGGUGGGGGUGAAGAAUGGGAGGAGAGAGAGGAAGAAAAAAAGAGGAGGGGAAAGAGAGCAUGAAAGUGAGGUAUCUUGAUCCGUAGUGCACAUCUCCACAAACCCUGUCCUGCUGUCUACCAUCACAGCCAGAUGAUGUCAUCAGAGAUCUUUGUUCCUGGUUGGCUGCAGCAGCUGCUCGUCGUGCUGCUCAAGUUUACGCUGUCCUGCGCGGCCCCAGUGAACCUGAACAAUGGGACAGAGUGCAGCGCUCGAGGACCCGCCUCUUACAUCCUGGUGUUCACCGGCCACUGGAGUCCACAGACCUUCCCCAAACAGUAUCCCUUGUUCCGACCACCUGCUCAGUGGUCCAAGCUCAUGGCUGUGACCCAUAAUGAGCAGUACCGGCUGUGGCAGGAGGGGGCCCCAGCGAGCGAUGGCAUGAGGAGCUUUGCUGAGCAGGGGCUUACAGUGGAUCUGGUGAAGGAUGCGAAGGAGGCGAGGAAGAUGCGAGCAGUGGGGUCCAUGUACCGCACAGCUGGGAUUCCCUCAGGCAUCGGCCACAGCUCUACAGAACUGCUCUUGACGCCCAGGAGUCCUCUGCUGUCUCUGAUAGUGAAAGUGAUCCCCAGUCCAGACUGGUUUGUGGGGGUUGACAGUCUGAACCUGUGUGAGGGUGGGCAGUGGAAACAGGAAGUGACCUUUGACUUGCACCCAUUUGAUGCCGGCACAGAUAGCGGCUUCACUUUCUCCUCACCAAACUUUCCAACAACACCCCCUGAAAAUAUCACCAUGAUCACCUCUCAGAAGCCAAACCACCCGGCAAAUUCCUUCUAUUACCCUCGGCUAACAGAACUCCCGCCUCUGGCCACCAUCUGGGUGAAGCGUCAGGGCCGCUCACCUGUCCGUCAACAGAACCGGGUGUCCAAUCACAUCCUGCCUGAAGCAACCAAACCUCACAGAUUCUCAGAAACGCCGCUAGACUGCGAGGUGUCGAUGUGGUCGUCCUGGGGCCUGUGUCUGGGGCCGUGCUCUCGGGGCGGACUGCGCCAUCGCACCCGUUAUAUCCUGCUGAAACCCGCCAACAGUGGCACGCCGUGCCCCGAGCUGGAGGAACAAGAGGAGUGCACGCCGCACAACUGCCUCGCAUAUCAGUGAUGCCGGUCACACUGCUGGCAUAGACACUUCGACGCUGUCCAAACGGAGAGCCGAGUUUAACCUCAUGCCAAUGCUGAAUCACUGCCGCAGAAUGCGGGAGAGCCGCCUGGCUGGACGUCCAGUGAGCUGCAUUGGCUCCUCUCCUCACUGGAAAAGAACGGCUCGUAUUCUGUUAAUAGAGACUUUGAUUACGGGUGCUGUACUCACAAUAAUCUCAGUGUAUCUUUGCAUAAUCGCACAUUAUUUUGCCAAUAUAGAUUUGUGGAAUAGAUGACUUGCAGUUGCCCAACCACUGUUUUUUUAACAUAAUUACAUGAAUUAACAUAAGCCUUCCUCUUGAUCUCACAAACAGUAGCAACCUUUUUGAAGUAGCCUAGUUGGGUUUUUGAGUGAUUUGACAGAUGGUGCAGGCUGUAGAAGUCAACUGGUAGUUCAUUAGUAGUAAAAUAACACUUGAAGACACUUUGGCUCCUUUCUCAUACAGGCCUAAUGAUGUUCAAAAUGCAGUUUACAAUAUUAUCUUGUGAGGAAUCACACAGAAACAAACUGUCAUGUGUCAUUUAUCAAAUAAGGGACCGUAUAGAUGUUGUAUACACUACCGGUCAAAAGUUUGGAAUCAUAAAGAUGUUUUUGAAAGAAGUCUCUUAUGCUCACCAAGGCUGCAUUUAUUUUGUCAAAAAUACAGGAAAAACAGUAAUAUUGUGAAAUACUAUCAAAAUGUAAAAUAACUGUUUUCUAGUUUAAUAAAUUUUGUUUUAGCUGAAUUUUCAGAAUCAUUACUCAUGUCUUCAGUGUCACAUGAUCCUUCAGAAAUCAUUCUAAUAUGCUGAUUUACUGCUCAAGAAACAUUUCUUAUUAUUAUCAGUGUUGAAAAACAGUUGUGCUGCUUUAUAUUUUUGAUCCUUCGAUGAAUAGAAAGUUCAAAAGAACAGAAUUUAUUUGAAAUAGAAAUUUUUUGUAUCUUUAUUGUUACCUUUGAUCAAUUUAAUGCAUCCUUAAACUCUUGAAUGGUAAUGUAUCAGUUUCCUCACAAAUAUGAAGCAGCACAACUGUUUUCAACAUUGAUAAUUAUAAGAAAUGUUCCUUGAGCAGCAAAUCAGCAUAUUAGAGUGAUAUCUGAAGGAUCAUGUGAUGCUGACGACUGGAGUAAUGAUGCCGAAAAUUCAUAUAUUUUAAGAUAUAUUGACAGAAAACAUUUUAAAUUGUAAUAAUUUUUCACAAUAUUACUGUUUUAUUUUUGAUCAAAUAAAUGCAGCCUUGGUGAGAAUAAAAAUUUUCAAAAACUUUCAAAAAAUUUUGACCGAUAAUGUAUGUUGCAUUUUAUGUUUCUUCUAAUAAUAAACUAUGAAAUUCUCUCUCAAA